AUGCUGCCUGGGAGGCAUCAUCUCACUCAUUCCCUGGCUGUGCUUUCGUACGAGCGUUACUGCACCAUGACCAGAAGAACAGAGGCUGACACCACCAACUACAGGAAAACAUGGACAGGCAUCAUCCUGUCCUGGACAUACUCCUUGCUCUGGGCUCUUUCCCCUCUUUUUGGCUGGAGCAGCUAUGGGCCUGAAGGACCAGGGAUAACCUGCUCUGUGAACUGGCAUUCCAAGGAUGCCAACAACGCGUCCUACAUCAUCUGUCUUUUCAUCUUUUGCCUCGUAAUCCCUUUUGCCAUCAUUGUCUAUUCCUGUGGGAAGCUGCCCUGUGCUGUCAGACAGGUGACAGGGGCACAGGCUGUGAGCAGCAUGCACAGGGAGCAGCGCAUCCUGGUGAUGGUGAUGGUGGUGAUGGUGAUGAUGAUGGCGAUGAUGAUGGUGAUGGUGGUGUGCUUCCUCCUCUGCUGGCUGCCCUAGGCAGCUGUGACACUCAUGGCCACCUUUGGGCAGCCUGGCCUCAUCACCCCUGCAGCCAGCAUCGUCCCAGCCAUCCUUGCCAAGAGCAGCACCGUCUACAACCCCAUCAUCUACGUAUUUCUGAAGAAACAGCUCAGUGAAAUGCUCCCCUUCCUUCCUUCCUUUGGAUUCCAAGAGGGAAAAAAUAGCGAGGGGAGAUAA